CUUAUCGAUUCUUUUCAUUACGCCAAAUCUAUGCUCGUCAGUCAGCAGCCCGUUCAACAACAAAGAAGACGUAAUGGCGGAGAGACAGAAGUGGUCAAGGCCGUAGCUUCACUUCAUGCUGUUGUUAGCCUCCCUGGAGCUGCUAGCCCACUGUGGAGCCUCGCGCAUCCCCGCUCCAGGUGGACGGCGGGUGGGGCGCUGUUGUUGUUAGCCUCCCUGGAGCUGCUAGCCGACUGUGGAGCUUCGGCGUAUCCCCACUCCUGCUGUCGGAUUUCAUGGGAAUGCCAAGGAUGGUUUGGUUUCUGCAGAUGAGCAGCCUGAAUCCUGAAAACCAGGAAAGCUGUUGAACAUCUAAUCAGCCCUCCUGACCACUGGAGACUGGUCCUCAGACAGGUUUGUGUUGCAGCUGUGUGGCCGGGCAGCCUGGCUGCCUCCCUGCCUCCAGAUGAAUGAAGAGCACUCCAGGACACAGAGACACAGCUGAUGCAGGGCAUGCAGGUGUUUCUGCAAAUAUGAUGAAGAAAAAGAAUCCCCAUAAGAAACAUAAGAGCAGUCUGGGUCCGACCACCAAAGUUCUGUCACAGCCACGACGCAACAUCGUCGGCUGCCGGAUCCAACACGUCUGGAAGGAGGGAGGAGGACACGUGAUUUGGAAAGGGACAGUGCUGGACCAGGUGCCAGUGAACCCGUCUCUCUAUCUGAUAAAGUACGAUGGUUUCGACUGUGUUUAUGGUCUGGAGCUUCACAAAGAUGAGAGGGUUCAGGGACUGGAAGUGCUCCCUGACAGACUGGCUAAAUCCCGUCUAACGGACGUCAACCUAGCGGACACCAUGAUCGGUAAAGCAGUGGAGCACAUGUUUGAGACGGAGGAGGGUCCAAAGGAGGAGUGGAGGGGGAUGGUGCUGGCUCGGGCUCCCAUCAUGACCACCUGGUUCUACAUCACCUACGAGAAAGACCCGGUGCUCUACAUGUACCAGCUGCUGGACGACUACAAAGAGGGAGACCUCCGCAUCAUGCCCGACUCAAAUGACAGCGUCCCGACGGAGAGGGAACCUGGCGAGGUGGUGGACAGCCUGGUGGGUAAACAGGUGGAGUACGCCAAAGAGGAUGGCGGCAAACGAACGGGCAUGGUGAUCCACCAGGUGGAGGCUAAGCCCUCCGUCUACUUCAUCAAGUUCGACGACGACUUCCUCAUUUACGUCUACGACCUGGUCAAAACUUCAUAAGACUUUGCGGAUGCCCCUCCCGCGUGACGGAAACAAAAUGCAGCACAUGUUGAAGCAUCUGAUCCAGCGCUUGUUCUUCAGACCAUCAAAGACAAAAAUAAAGACUGAAGAAAAAUAAUUCUCACAAUGGACGGAUUGGGAACGAUUAAGAUGGAAAAAAAACAGCUUGGUGAAAUUGAAGACUCAUCUGUGACCAUCGUAGAUCCCUCAAAUAUAUGAAAAAAGGUCAUGGUUUUCAUUUAAAGGUCCAAAACUUUCCAAACGCACCAUAAUACCCUUCUGAAAACAUCAGAGGCCUCCAAAAAAAAUCUGUUUUACUCUAGAAGAAAUUUUCAAAAGGACACCGCCUUCUGUUGAAGCGAGACUGAGUCUUUUUAGAAUCUGACCUCCUAUACAAAAAUUAGCCUAACUCUCAAAACCUUUCCCAAGAAACUAAACCGUCAAAUUCAUUUUCAGUGUCUGACACCAUCCAGUGAAUUUCGGUCUUGGUGAUAUGUGCCACAGCUAACGAGACUGGUUUUAUUGAAGCUAACUCUUCUGUGCUAAAAAACAAGGAAACAAGAUGAGGAAAUGUGGUCACUGUCCCUGAAACGUGGUCUGGAGUUGCUGGCGGCAUGAAAACAUGACAAAAUUGAAAGUCAUCAAAGAUUUCUGGCCGCAGAAAAAUGAGUGGCAAAGAAGUGAAGUCCAGAGCUGGUUGUGGAAAGGGCUUCAAAAAGGAAGACGAGACGAAGGAGAAUUCUCGGACUGAAUAGUGUCGUUGAAGGUCCAUCGUCUUCGACAUCUGUCUCAUGCAGCAAGGACUGGCAAUUGUACGGAAGCCCAUUUCUGCCAGGAAAAGAGAAACAGAUGGUUAAUAAUAAGGCUGGACAUCACUGCUGAUUUCCCAAUUCAAUUCGAUUCAAUAAUGAUUCCAUUAGGUCGAUUCAUUACAAUAAUGCAGAUGCCUUCUCCAGUGUUGUUUGUUUCAGAUCCGAUGUUUUGCAAAUUGCCCAUCUUGGUGAUGUCUUGUUAAAUGGUUUCCAAGUCUUGUGGUACUUCCACAACUAUAUUUCGUCGCAAUUUUGCACAUCUUACGUACGGCUUUUGUCCAGCUCUUCUUUGUCUUCAUUAAAUCCGAAAUGCAACCAGACAUCUGCCUUUAGGCUCAGUGGUGCCGUCAAUGGAGCAGGUCCCGGCAUGUAUUGAUUCAGCUGAGGUUCAGUAGUCCCUUUUAUAGUCAGAUCUCUUGGGGUGAAGAACCAAAAGCUAAUAAGACCAAUCAGGUGAAAGGUCAUGGAUCCACUGGAAAAGUCAUAUAUGAAAAGAUCGAUCUUGGGAGUUUAUGAAUCAAUCUGGAUCAUUCAAUUGAAGAUUGAUGUGAAUCAGAGAGAUUUUUUUUUCCCAACCCAGUUGGAGUUAGUUAGACAAUUAGAAAUUGGAAUUUGAUUUGGUAAAGGAAUAAAAACAAAACUAGUCAGUCACUAGCAAGACAAAAUUAUGACAUGCUAAUUCAAACGUAUGAUUUUCCAAAUCAAAAUUAUGAUAUACCAAGUAAUUUUAACAUAUUGUCUGCUAAUUUAAUAUUGUUUUCACUAAUUAGAACUCAUAAUUUGAUUUGGUAUAUGAAUAAAAAAAAUAGACACCAAAUUAAAUGGUACUUUGUCAAAAUGGAUAUUCUUAAUCAAAAUUGAGACAUACCGAGUAAUUUUUACUUGCCAUCUCCGAAUUUGACAUAAUUUUAAGUAAUUAUAAUUAUAAGUCAUAAUUUGAUUUUGUGAAUCAAAGUUUUUAAUUUUGAUUUACUAUAUCAUCAUUUUUACUAAAUAUUUGGCUAAAAAUCUCAAGUUUUACUUGGUCAACAAUUUUUUUUAUUUUGUUUUAAAAAUUUUUUUUUUUUUUUCAGCAAUUAUUAUCUCAUAACUGAUGUGCUUGAUUUACCACGAGAAUCUUAAUGUUUCUCGACACUUUACAUGCCAUCUUUUUUUUUUCUUGGCUGAAAUGGGAUUCUAUAAAACUGAGAUCCAUAGGACAGGAGACCACACACACUGGUCCCAGUUUAACAUCAGUGCUGGACUUGACACUUUCUGAAGCCUUGGAGAAAAAAAAAACAAUCACAGACACACAGAGACACUUUGGAAAUAUCCCCAAACUUAAUUUAUGGCCCUUUUGUUUAAAUGAAGGUUGAUUGAAGAGACGGGAUCUGUUGCGGUUGUUGUACAGAACAAAAGACAGGUUUCUUCAUCAUAUAGCGCGCUUCUUACACAGGCUCCAUCUCACCGACUUCAGCUGAAUAUUCAUGAAGAGUUUCAACAAAUCCUGAUUUUAAAAAAAAAAAAGAUGGGGGCUUUUUUCUUUCUUUUUGCUUUUACAAUUGCCAAAACCCCUUCCUGUUGUGAAGUUGUUUGGUGUUAAAGACGAUCGGACAGCUUUUUCUUGUGAUUUCACUGAAGCCUUUGGAUUUGCUUUCGUGUUGUCUUUUCUAAGUCGUCGACGAAGGAGUUAAAAGGACAGAGGAACGACACUGAAACUUGGCCAAAGCCCUUUCUGUCCUUGGCAGUUUGUUUUAAUGUUAAAAACCUUGUUAUGGACAGACAAACUGGAUCUGAGGUUUAUCGGGCCCUUCUGCCUCCGUUUGAACUUCACAGUGGUGGAUUCUUAAUGUCAAAAUUUGUGGAUUUAAGGACUGGAAAACAUGAUUCAAUGCACCUUAAAUCUUGGGGGAUGAGAAGAAGAAUAUUCCCUGGACAGUUUGUGAACGUGUCGGACUUAAAUUGUCACCAGAAUCUACAAGAUAAAAACAAAUCUACUGUAGUGAUACAGUGAUAUUUCUAAGGCGUCAGUGGCGCCAGUUCACAUCCAUGUCUCUGUUGAGGAAAUUAUUACUGAAACAAAAGUAUCCCAGUUUGUAUUUACACACAAACCAAAAGAUUCUGGACUCCUGGUGGUGCAGAUCCGCUGCUCUCCUGGCCGUCUGAACAAGUUUCUGUCGGACGUCCACGAGACGAUCUGGUCUGUUCCACAGCAUGUAUGCAGUAAGAGAGGACAGUGGUGUUUAGUAUAUAUGAAGAGAUUAACAAGUGAAGGGUUAAAUUUCCUUUUAUACAAAUGUACAUUUUAUUUUAUUUGGAUUUACUCAAGACUGAAGGUUUUCUAUAACCACGUUCUGUACUAGUUGGAAGUAUUUGAGCUAAAUUUGCAGUUUGACAGUUAGAAUGGAGCUGUUUUAAAUUGAUAUCCCACAUAAAGUUGCAACCAGCUGUAUUUGUAGAGCAGAAAAUAAUCCCGGAAAAGCCUUUAAUCAAAACAAAUAACAUCAAACACAAGGCAGUUUGACGGCUUGUUGGUUCAUUAAAGGAGACUUGUGUUUUUCUUCAUGUUAGGUACGUUUGCAUCUGUUAUUUGUGCCGGAAAACAAGGCAAUAUUUAAAAAAAAUUCCAUUUACUGUAAAACUAAGACGUCAGUUUUUGGUGUUGAACAAAAUUGUCCACUGGUAAAUGUUCAGUCUUUUUAUUUUUCUUCUGAAAACUGAGUAAAGAAACCAGUAAAGGUCAAUGAGCCAUGCAUGAUAUCCUUAAAGGGUAACUUUGGUAUUUUUCAACCUGAAUAUUUUCCCAUGUUUAAUGGGAACAGCAAUUUUGAAAAUGGUCCAGUAGCAAGAGCCUUGCAGUUGGUAGCAGCGAAACAGUGAAUCCACAUCCACUAAAAGUGUUUGUUUUUGUCACUGACAGGCUCAGAUUAUUUUCUUAGUGUCUGACAACAUUAUGGAAAGGAUCCCUACAGAGAUAGCUAUUUUCUAUUAAAGAGUCAGAUCCUUUUUGUUUAACCACUAACAGCCUUGAAAUCCCCAUCAUCAAACCCACCAGACUCCAUUUAAAUAAAUUGUAAUUUUAGCGUUUUCGGUGCCAGAAUAUUUUCACAUCUAACUGGGUGAAUUAAUCGUUAAAUAAACCCUUAACUGCUCAGUUGAAAUACAAGCAGAGUUAGUGAUUAUUGGAAACAUGGAAAGAUGAACCAAGAAGAAAAAAGCAGAAGCUGUUGAGCACUGUGAAGUUAUGUCCACUAAAAGUGGUUGUUUUUGUCACUGACAGGCUCAGAUUAUUGUUAAGUGUCUGACAACAUUAUGAAAGGAUCCCUACAGAGAUAGAGCUUUGUAUUAAAGAGUAAGAUCCUUUUUGUUUAACCAGAAACAGCCCCAAAGUCGCAAUCUUCAAACCCACCAGACUCCAUUUAAAUAAACAGUAAUUUUAGUGUGUAUAGAGGCAGCAUGUUGUCACAUCUAACUGGGUGAAUUAACAAAGACGUCUAUCUCUGUAGGGAUCCUUUCCAUAAUGUUGUCAGACACAUAGAAUAGAACAAUCUGAGCCUGUCAGUGACAAGAACAAACACUUUAAGUGGACGAACACUGAUGGUGCGAACAUGCCCAGAGUGGUUACAUUGCAGCCUGUUUUCCUGCUCCACUACUGGAGCAGUUUAAAAAUGUGUUGCUCCCAUUUGUCACAGACACAAAAUCAUGCACAAAAAGGGUCCAGGUUAGAAAAAUACUGACGUUACCCUUUAAUCAAUCAGACAUCUCGGCUGACUCGCUGUACAGAACAGAGUAACGCAUGAAAAACCUUCAGUCUGUGUACUUCCUGUGAUGUAGUUAGUUGCCGAGGCAGAUUACAGCUCUUAUUAUAACCGCACUAAAAAAAACUAAAAAAAACUAAAAAAAAAAAAAAGACAGACUCUCUCAGAGAUCUGUAGGUUUCUGCACUUCUAUAUCUCUUUUUGUUUUUCAUUAAAGAGAAGUAUGAUUGUGAUCAUCUCAACAGGCACUAUUUUUUAAUUUAACGAGAUAACGCGUCGUCACUAAGACUUGUUUCGCAGCCGGGUUAUGUCCAAUUCAGUCAGUUAAUUUCAGUUUGUUGUUAAUGUUGGAAUGACAUGGGCCUUCUAUCAUCCUUCUGCCUUGUAUUAUUUUUGUUUUUGUAUGUUUUAAAAUGUAUGUUAAUAAUUUUUAUUGUUGAUGGAAAACCUGA